AUGUUAUUCGAACUAUCCGAAGAGUUUACGCACGACGAGUACAGAUUAGGCUCAGCCAGCGAAGAGACGGCGCCUGCGCCGCCGCCGACCACCGCGCGGCCGAGCGCCAACGCCACUGAGGAGGGCGAGGAGGGCGCUGCGGAGGACGGCGGCGGUGAGGACGCGGGCUACGGCGAGGCCGAGGAGCUGAGCAGCGCACCUGGCCCUGCCGCGUGCGCCGUGCCGGCCGCGUGGCGCAUGGAGGUCCUCUACGACAAGACCCCGCACGCCCGCUGGAUCGCGGGCGCGCGCCUUACGUACGUGGCCACACCGUGGGAGGAGCACGUGUGGAAGGCACCGGUCGAUGACGAGUCCCAACGUUACUCACUGUGGUCGUCGGUCCUGUUCUCUCGAAGACUGCCGCCAGAACCACCUCUCUCGAGGUUCUGGGCGCGCGUGCUGUCGCCCGAGGGCGCGGAGUGGGCGUGGGCGAACGCGUGGCGCGCGCUGCGCGAGCCGCUGACGCCCGCCGACGUGGCCGACCUGGCGCUGGUGCUGCUGCUGGCGGCGCUGGGCCUCGCGGCGGCCGCCCUGCGCUGCCUCGACGCCGACUGCGCCCACUGACGCCUCCGCCCAGCUGGCCCCUCCGGGCGACCCACCUCCGCUUCACAGUGGACCGACUACUGCCCUUUAUCGGAGGUGUUGACUGAAUUUGUAAAUCAUUAGAUUUACAGUUCAAGGGGUCGGGGCGGGAUAGUGCCUAUCCACUAGAAAUGUUUGUCAGGAAUAGAAAAAUAUUAAAGUUUCCUUUUAUUCAAAUAUCUCAUAGUUUAAUAGACUUCUUGCUACUUUAAAUACGUGUAAUAUGUUUCUAUCAACGCAUUUGGACAACGUUUCGACCAUAAUGUUUGAUUUGGAGAGACAUUCUAAAAUCUUUAUUUUAGAUUUAUGAUAUGAGGGUUGUGACUAUAUUCCUCCGACCCCUUCAUUUUAUUUUAUUGCCUCUUUCUUUCAUAAUAUGUAAAAAAAUACUGUAUUGUGGUCUUGAUAAAUCUUAAAGUUGAAAG